UCGGACACUUAAAAAAAAUACUGUUCGGACACCAUAAAAAUCGCAGACAAAGAAUCCGUCAUUUUAGGGCAUUGGUUUCUCACUCUUCUUUUGGCAAUGGCGGAGGAAACGGAGAGUAACCAAUCGACGAUGGAGUCGGUAAUGGAGAAGAUCAGCGAGAAGAUUCACGGCCAUGAUUCGUCUUCUUCUUCGGAUCAUGGGAAACCCGCUUCUCCUAGCUCCGUCAAGGCUAAGAUUUAUAGGUUGUUUGGACGGGAGAGAACUGUUCACCAUGUUCUUGGUGGUGGAAAGCUCGCUGAUGUGUUCUUGUGGAGGAACAAGAAGAAUUCGGCUGGUGUUCUCGGUGGAGCAACUGCAAUCUGGGUCCUUUUUGAGUUGAUUGAAUAUCACCUACUUACUCUACUCUGUCACAUCUCGAUACUCGCUCUUGCAUUGUUGUUCCUCUGGUCCAACAUUCAUACCUUUAUCCACAAGUCUCCACCUCACAUUCCACAAGUUCAUUUGCCAGAGGAGCCAUUCUUACAAAUUGCGUCUGCUCUGACAAUUGAACUUAACCAGGCAUUGAAGCUGCUCCGUGAUAUUGCCUCCGGAAGAAAUCCGAAGAAGUUUCUAAUGGUUGUGGCUGCUUUCUGGUUCCUCUCAAUUGUGGGGAGUUGGUGCAACUUCUUAACCUUGUUCUACAUAUCUUUCGUGUUGCUGCAUACUGUACCUGUUUUGUACGAGAAGUAUGAGGACAAGGUUGAUCCUUUUGCAGAGAGGGCAAUGGUCGAGAUAAAAAAGCAGUAUGCGGUUUUCGACACCAAGGUUCUGAGUAAAAUUCCCAAAGGUCCCUUGAAGACCAAAAAGGUUUAAAAGGCUCAGGAGUUUUAGCCUUACUGUCCGGCGAAAUUUGGGUCGUUCCCGGCUUCCUGGUUGUGGUGCUGUGUUCUCAUUAGCUAGAGGCACUUCUAAAUCAAACUGUUCUCAAAAGUUUUGGUUUGCAAUUCUAAUUCUUAAAAACAAAUCAGUUGUUGCCAAUACCUCAUGCUUGUAGAUGCACCGGAAGGUGAAGGUUUUACCAGAGAACUUUGUUUCAUUUUAAUAACAAUCAGUUUUUGCCA